AUGUCAAAGGCAACUCGACACUCUGUUUACUACUUUCAUACAUCAAGCCAUAUCUUGCAGCAGGUUGAGAACAUACUGUACAAGCUCUGCAGUUUAAUUUUAUCCUCAGCUUCCAAUGUGUUUCAUGAUAUGUUUGCUGCUACUCAGAACAGUGGUCAAAUGGAGCUGGACAGCAUGAGUGAUGACAAGCCCAUUCACCUCAAAGGAAUAUCCCAGGAUGCCUUUGAGUUGUUUCUUGAGCUUACAUUUGGAAGGAUGCAUGCUGGCUCAUAUACACUCAAUGAGCUUACAAAAUUCCUCCAUUUCUGCAACAUGUACCAAUGCUGCUAUGCAUGA